CCUCGAGGCAUGGGUGAAGACUGAAGAGAAGCCAGACCCCUGCCCAGACUGUCACUUGCCUCCUCUCCAGAGUCAGGGACUAAGGGCUCCUUCCUAUUUGUACUUCAGGGCAACAACCAUUCAACCUCACUUGGCGUGUGACUGUCUCCAGCCCACUCUUCAACCCUCAUAUGCUGUGGGAGUAUUUGUUGAUCAUUGCUUUGCUCUGCUCAAUCCAUCCAAGAACCCUAUCACCAAAUCGAAAUGCUAUACACCCCUGCCUCAUGUUACUAACUCCACAGUUUGGUGGCAUCGAUGACUUGAUCAGCCUCGUUUUCUCGGGCUACAGACAUACUUGAAGGUUCUUCUCUUGCCACACAUUACCGUCCGAAGCGCGGCUCUGUGUAUUGCCGAACAUGCCGCCCAAAGUACAGAAACCCCAGAACUGGACGUUCACACUGAUCCAUGCAGCAGUCUCCGAGAGACGCCACCGUGAGAAAGACUGGUUAUGCACCUCCAGUGUCGAAAAUGCCGUCCUUAACUUGAAACAGGAGAUACUUCUCGCAGAUGCUAUGGGAUCCCGAGGCAAUGCCAACAGAGAGCCAAACCAUGUUCUCAUUGUGCCGAGACAAGGGGCGCAGGCUCUCAAGCUGGGACUUGGGAGUCGGGAUGGAGCUAUUCCAAGAGACGCCGACUACAUGCUGGGCUACUGCCCCGGGGCCAAUAUCUUGGUCAUCAGAGAGAGCCUUCGCAGUGUCGAUCAACAGAUCCGUCUAAGAUUCAAAAGCCAGAGUGAUACAGACCAAGUACUAGGCCUUUUUCAAAGUCUCGGCUUUCAGGCCAGGCCGAUGCAAUCAUCUCGUCGUCAGCCCACUCCACUGCAGCAAUUUCGGUCAUCCUCGGUUGCAGGCGACUUUCAAACUUCUGCUGCGAUCCAGCCCUACUCCUCGAGGCAUAAUGCAAGUUUCAUGCGACAAGAAUACUACCAAGGUCGGCUGGGCUCGCCUCCGGGGACACAAUUUCCCUCGGAAGGACACCACUCGAUACCUCGAGCCAGCAGUGUAGCUGCGCAGACGUACCGGCCUUUAACGUCCGUCAGUCAACGCGCAGGGUCUGUUCACCAGUCCAUAAAUGAAUUUGGGACACCCCACACCUUCAACCGAUCUCGCACUGCAUUCAAAGAGAUGCCGAACGAAUACGCAUCGCAAACAGCUUCGUCGAAUACAGAGUACAGGUCCGCGGUCCCUACACCUUCAACGAAUUCCCACCGACGGCCAUUAGUACGCUCACCGCCGGCUUUGCAAGAUUUCCGUAACUGGAAUCUCAGUCCAUCAGCCGAUGAAGUCGCUUUCGCCAAGUAUGACGAACGGACAUCAAGGUGUUCUUCCCAGGCGAAGUUGAUUUCCACAUCACCGAUCCCGCUGCCAGCCAUUUCCUCUGCUCAUUUCCAACGCAGAGCAUUAUCACGGGCUCCUAGCCUGGCCAUCGGGCAUGUGCAACGGCCAUCGUCAGAAGCUAUCGAGAGUGGUGGUAUCAACCAGGGGCUAAGAGAUGCGGUUGACUCUGCAUCGGCGAACACAAUGCAAUCUGCAGAGAUCGAAGCUGUGAGACAUGCCCAAGGUACAAUUGACAGAGGGUCGUCUAGUGUGGAUGCGCCUCCGACUAUAUCGGUGGAAGGAGUCGACCAGGCUCCACCAAUCCGUGCCGUGAUACCAGUUCAGUAUACAGAGGGAACCGACGCCGGCCUCGAUUUUCUGCGGCCGGUGUUGACGAAUAUGGCUCAUGGCACACAGACCGAGCCUACUCCCUCUGGCUCCUCAGAAAAAGAGGAAGAACUUUUCAUCGCAAGAUUCAAAUUGAUGUGGGAUAUCAGAAAUUUACACCAAACAUCUUUCAAUCGUUUGCUCGACACUUCUAAGCCGAAUCAUCGCAUAUACGAAAAGGAAGCUUUGGAAGAGUUGGAGCAAGAUGCUAUCGAUCUCUGCCAGGUCGCGAUUGACCGUUACGGUCCUGAAGUGGGCGAAGUACCGUAUGAGAAGCUCCUGAAAGCUAUCAUGGUUCCAGGAUACUGAGCGAAUGUGAUAUUGUAUGAGGUAAGAUUACUCCUCGGAGAGCGACUGAUUUCACUUAACAGGAAGGAUUCUGAAGGGGGUUGAAAUAAUGGCAUAUGGUGCGCGUAUGAAAGAUGCUACGAAUUGGAGCCAGGUUGUUAUAUCACAUCAUGGUGCGAGUCAGUUGAUGAAAACGAGAGAAUUAUGUAUCCUAUGCUAUAAUAGAACUGACGAUUCAUCUCUUGACGAUGAUCCGCAUACCGCCAUGGA